AUGAAUCUCGUCGGCCAAAUCAACGAUUUGGAGGUCUCCUCAACAAAUAUACUCGGCGUAUCACCUAUUAGGACUUUCGAUCGCCAAAAUGGACAUAAACUCAAGGUUUUCGGUACAAUUCGGCAAGCUAGUUUGGCGGCUUGUCAACCCAUUCGGCGGGUUGCCGGUUCAGCAGAGUGCAACUCUAAUAAUAUUCCUACGUCUUUCGAUUAUAUUUACGAAUUAGACAAUAAUACCCCUGAUUUAGCCACUAUUUACACUUCUCAGCGUUUCUUUUUUUCUAGCCCGGGCCAUUCCAAUUCUAUUAUCGACUCAUCAUCGUCAAUUUCUUCCUCUUUAGCAUCCACCUCAUCAUCCGUGGAAUCGGAUGCUCCCCUCGAGGGGAGCAUCGCGAUUCCAACGGAUUCACCCGACCCGUAUUUGGAUUUUCGACGAUCGAUGCAAGAAAUGGUGGAGGCACGUGGAUUAAGUGAUAUAAGAGGCAAUUGGGAAUCGUUACAUGAACUUCUUAUGUGUUAUUUUACAUUAAAUCCAAAGAGCACACAUAAGUAUAUAGUUGGUGCAUUUUCUGACCUAAUUGUAUGUCUCAUGGAAUCAAAAUCACAACAUUUAGAUCUAUCGUCCAGCAGCACAAGUAAGUGUUACAAGAAUCCAAGUGAUGAAUAA